AUGCCGCUGGCUGCUGUUCUGCCGCUGUUGCUGCUGAUGCAUCACUGGCACUUUGAUCCUUUGCUUCCAAGCUUGCAGGGGCGUGAGGCCGGCCAGGAUGUCGCUGAGCGUGUGGGUGAGGAGUGGAGGCUCGUCGUGGUGAUCAUGCCGUCAACCAUCUCGGACCUGAACCUGUCCUCGUCCUCGACGGUGCUAAGCAGCUCGCUCUCGAGGAUCCCCCAUAUCUCUCUCAACCCCUCAUCUACCUCCGCCUCUCCGUCCCUCUUUCGACGCUGGAGCAUUAUUCGAUCGAUCGGUGCUUAUCUCGACCGGUUGCAGGGCCGGACCACGGUGCCAUCAUCGAAUCGAGCAAACGGCGUGCCAUACAUAUCACCGCGUGCAGAGUACAUACCGUGCAUGCACCGCGCCGUUUGA